AUGGCGCCCCGCAGCUACUCGAAGACGUACUCCGUCCCCAAGCGUCCUUUCGAGUCCGCUCGUCUGGACAACGAGCUCAAGCUUGUUGGCGAGUAUGGUCUGCGCAACAAGCGCGAGGUCUGGCGUGUCCAGUUGACCCUCUCCAAGAUUCGUCGUGCUGCCCGUUCGCUCUUGACCCUCGACGAGAAGGACCCCAAGCGCCUCUUCGAAGGUAACGCCCUCAUUCGCCGUCUCGUACGUGUCGGUGUGCUCGACGAGUCCCGCAUGAAGCUCGAUUACGUCCUGGCCCUCAAGAUUGAGGACUUCUUGGAGCGCCGUCUCCAGACUUGCGUCUACAAGCUUGGUCUUGCCAAGUCCAUUCACCACGCCCGUGUCCUCAUCCGCCAGCGCCACAUCCGUGUCGGCAAGCAGAUUGUGAACGUUCCCUCUUUCAUGGUCCGUCUCGACUCCCAGAAGCACAUCGACUUCGCUCUCACCUCUCCCUUCGGUGGAGGCCGCCCCGGUCGCGUGAGGAGGAAGAAGGCCAAGGCCGCCGAGAAGGGUGGUGACGAUGAUGCUGGUGACGAGGACGAGGAGUAGAUCAUAUACUCCGGGGUAUGAUUUCUACGGACGAUUGGCGUUAGUCAUGACGGGAUGAUAUCUACGAGGGCUAUCCUGCCUUCCGGUUCGGCAUCUCCAGCACGGGUUAGGAGUGGGAAAGUAGCUACACCCCAAUUAUGUAGCACUGCCGCUCAAAAAAUACUCAAUUCCCAUUCUCG